GUUACGGCACUGUGUAAUUGACAACUUGUCCCAACAUAUUUAUCCUUCGAUCAAAUGUUAUACCGCAAGAUGCGCAUGGGUGAGUAACAGCGUCGACGCAGAUAUCGAGGUGAUUGAAAUUCGUCGUAGGACAGCAGUCGACGGUGAACUGUCUCGCGAUGGAGUUGCGCGAAGUGAAUCGUACUUUCGACGCUGCGGAAGAAACUACGGAACUUUUGCCGUCGUCCCAUCGUGAUGAUAAUAUGGAAAGUUAUUUCGUCGAAUACGCUGUACAAAAGGAAAUAAUUAAUCGCAAUCGAUGCCCUGCUAGUCGUCGAUUACUUAGUCAAACGGCUCAUUUGGCAGACUUUAAUCUCGCCAAUGGUAAUCAUCAAAAGGAUACGUCCGUCGGAAUUAGUAUGAUUCACACUUCGAAUGCAAAUUGGCCACCUUCUAGAAAGAGAGAAGAGGCGAAAGCGUUGGAAAAUCUUCGAAAAAGAGUGGAACAAUCGAAAUUGUACAAAGCGAGUCGAAUUUCGGAUAGCUGCGGAUCGACGUCUUUGGUUUUGAACAACGAUCAAAUUCGCCAGCUCGAUAAUCGACCGAAGCUGUUGAAAAAGAUCCUGAGUAACAGGCCUAUGAGUAUCGCACACGACAGUAACGAUUUGGAGACUGACUGGCGAGAUAGCGAAUUUAUCACGGAAUGUUUAUGCUGGCACAAUGUUUAUCGACAAAGACACGACGCACCUCCCUUAACGAUGUCGCCGCAGUUGUGCGAGUACGCGCAAACAUGGGCCAAUCACUUGGCGCAUACGAAUACAUUUUACUAUAGAAAUGAUCGAGAAGUGGGACAAAAUCUUUACUGCCGACCUGGCGGUGCUGUGCCUACCGAUGUCACCGGACAAGAUGUUGCCUCCUAUUGGUACUCCGCGGUGAAACAAUACGAUUUUUUGAAAGAACCAGAUAUUCUUCAUGCCAACGUGAACGCAGGUCACUUUACGCAACUAAUUUGGGCAAGUAGUCGUUACUUCGGAGUUGGAAAGGCUCGCAGUAGAAGCGGUAAAAUCAUCGUAGUAGCCAACUAUCGACCCGUUGGUAAUAUAUCCGGACAAUUUCAAAAUAACGUAUUACCUCCUUUACCCGAAAAUAUCAAUCUAUCGUCCCCGCGGCAACCGUUCGCUAAAGUAUUUCGCGUUGCAUCCGAUUCUCCACCGCCAACCUCGUCCUCCUCCUUUGUCCAACCACUUUCGACGGAUAGCGAUCGUUCUUCCGUCAGCUCCGCCCAAUAAUAUAAACGACCGAAUUGCCUCUUCUGCGUUUGCACGCGUCGAUGGGACGCGCGUUGAUUCGUCGUCGUUGUCCCGCCCUCUCUCGAAUUGCGUAGAACAGGCAUUGAUAAUCACAUUGAUGAUUACGCUUCGUGGCAAAUGUAAGCAGCGUGUAACGCUUAGUUUUUCCACUGCCUGGGCGAGCGAAAAUCCAAUGUGAACGAAAUUGUUCUUGCUUAAACGUAGUGUGGAAUAGAACGACUCGACGAUUGUUGCACAUAGCCAGGGAAGUAGUUAGGCAUAAGAUAUCGCGGAAAUAAAGGUGGCGGCGCAGAGGAGAAGGAAUAGCAGGAAGAGGAAGACGAGAAGUUUA